UAAAGUUAACAACAAUAAUGGCGGAUGAAAUGCUUUGAGAGGCGUGAAAGGCAACGUGGAUUCAAACUCAACGUGUUUCUUCGAAUUCAGCAUCAAAAUCUCGCAGACAUGGCUUAGAUAGUGCCGUACGCAGACGAUCAUCAUUUAAAAGAUAUAAGAAAAAUCGAACAAAAAUGGACCGGGCUUUGCUGCAAAAUUUGUCGCAGCUGGCCCACUCCAUGUCAAAGGAGGAUCAGGCCGACGCCUGUCUCUACUUUAAUCAACUGAAGGCAUCAGAAGACGCCUGGAAGCAAUGCAUGGAGCUACUGCUCACCGACCUGGCCCUGGACGAGUUAGUCAAAUACAUCUGUCUCCAGAUCAUCGAACACUUCAUAAGACACAGAUACGGCGCCGCCAGCAUCGACGAGCAAAUGUCUUUGAAGCAGUUUCUACUGCAGUGGAUUCAACUACAGUGCUCCAGAAAUUUAAAUCCUAAAGACUACAUUCGCAACAAAAUAGCUCAGGUUUUCUGCUUGAUCUUCAUUCAAGACUAUCCAACUCGCUGGUCUUCUUUCUUUGUUGACCUGAUGGGCACCUUGUCUUUUGGUCUGCAAGCUGCUGACAACUACUUGAGGGUUCUCCAGACUAUAGACACUGAAGUGACUUCUAGGGAAGCUGUCGAUAAUCCAGCAGAGGCCGAACGCAACACCUUGAUCAAAGACACCAUGAGGGAAACCUGUGUGACUGAAAUGUUUGAUUCCUGGCUUUACAUCCUUAAUACCUAUGAAAAUAGUCAACCAGCCGUAGCUGGCAGGUGUCUUCAAGUGGUCGGAGCCUACAUUUCUUGGAUUGAUAUUUCCUUAGUGUUCAAGUACAACUUCAUUCCUAUCCUGGUGCAACAUCUUUCCAAACUUGAUCUGAGAGAGGAUGCUGCUGACUGCCUGCUUGGUAUAGUGAACAAGGGAAUGGAGCCAGCGCAGAAAAAAGAACUUAUCAGCUCGCUCAUCAACAUUCUUGACGGGCACAAUGUUCUUAACCCUCAAAAUUCCAAUUACAGAGACGACGAAUCAGAGUUUACCACAAAAAUAUCAAAGUUGAUUAACGGCAUGGGAAUGAUGCUGAUAGAUUGUUAUAACAAGUUCCUCAAGGCUGGUGAAGAAGCAGAUAUGAUCUCUGCGCUUACAUUGGUUGAAAGAAUGCUGCCAUGCAUCAUUGGUUUUCUCGGCAACGACUAUGAUGAUGUUUCAGCGGCAAUCAUCGAGUUCUGCAAAUUAUACAUAUAUACUGUCAAGAGUAGGAAUAUUAGGACUGAGCGUCAAGAGCAGAUCAUGUGCAGCCUCUUGAGCACCGUGGUUAAAAAGUUGAAAUACGAUCAGUCUUACAAUUUUGAAUCUGAAGGCGAAGAUGAAGCAGAGUUCUUUGACUUUAGGAAACAAGUUAAAGUCAUUUUGGACAACCUGGUUGGUUUCAACAAAGACUUUGUUUUGAGCUUUGCUGAGAAAUUCGUGAGUGACACGAUUCCACAGUGGCGUUACAUCAGCUUCUCAGACGUGGAAGUUGCCAUAGCCCUAGUUUACUACAUCGGUGAAGCGCUUCCUAACUCAGGUGGAAACCUCUUCACUGGCGUAGUGCCUAAUGCACUGCGCAACAUGGUGCGAACUCUAGUUGUGCAUGAACUGAGCAGCCAUGCCCACAGUGCCGUGAAACUCAUGUAUUUUGAAACCAUCGCGCGCUAUGAGAAAUUCUUCUUGGUGGAGCCAGGGCACCUGCAAACUGUUCUACUCUCUUUUGUAAGCGAUCAAGGCAUCAGAAACGUGAACGUCAAGGUUCAAAGUCGCUGCGUGUACCUCUUCAGUCGCUUCAUUAGAACUGUCAAGUCCCACAUUAUCGACUUCAUCCCGUCUCUGCUGAAUAUGCUGAAGGACCUCACCGGGCUGAAUGUGCCCCCUCAGUCUGUAGCCACUCCCUUGCAGGAAAACAAAUUUGUCCUCUCCGACGGAGACCAGUUAUACAUUUAUGAAUCGAUCAGUACACUCAUCAUGGCCAGUAGACUUGAUAAUCAGUCUAAAACCGUGUUGUUUGAAGAGCUGGUAAAUCCUUUGGUGCAGGCAAUUGAGCCGUUGCAAGCUGAAAUGCAGUCAGAACUCAAUCCAGUGAGGAAAGAGGCGUUGGCAGAUUGCAUUUGUCACGCUAUGGCUCUGACAAGUCGCUCCAGUAAGGCUUUCAGCGCCCAAACUGCAAUGAAGAGCAUCGGGUGCCAUAAACUGUACAUGCAAGCGCUUGAGACCUUUUUCCACAUCUGCGUUUUAGGUCCUGAGCACCAGCACCAGCAAAAAUUGCAAAGCGCUAUGCGGCAGUACCUGCACCGAAUGGUCGUAUGUUUGGACAUCGACAUCAUUCCCAUCAUGCCGACCAUAUCUAGCAUUCUGGUGAAUGCGAACAAUGCCCACAGCUUCCAAGAAUAUCUUCCCAUAUUAAUCCAACUCAUCACAAAGUUUAAGAAAGAAGCGAUUCAAUUCCUGACGAUGUCAUUUAUGCCUAUCAUACACUCUAUGCUGAGAGUGCUUGAGCAACCGGUUGAUGAGUUUGACGAGGAGUCAGUCAGAGACCGGCAGAGUCUGCGGAGAAACUACUUUCUCUUCAUCUCCACCAUUGUCAGCAGCAACGAACUUAUCUUGGUGCUUGACUGUGCUCAAGUGCAGGCCACAGAGCAGCUGCUGAACACAGUCGUGGGGGGGUCCGUUGAACUCACCGACCCAGUUGCUCAGAGAACAUGCUUUACAAUACUGAAAAGACUGGUCGAGCUCUGGGGAGGGAGAGCGGACAAACUAGGCUUCCAGCAAUACAUGGAAGCCAUAGUGAGGGCAUGCAUUGUGGCUCCAUUGAAGCUUACUUUUGACCUAAGUGACACCCAGUAUACGUCCGUGUUGACGGAAAUCGCCGCCUGUCUGAAAGCAGUGGUCAGUUUGAGGUUCCAGAAUCUGGACAAAUAUCUCUGUGACAGUGUGUUUCCUGAGCACAACAUUUGUGCCGAGAUGGCGAAUGAUUUUGUCAAUGCACUCAAUAAUUACGACAUGAAGGCUUUUAAGAACUUUUUGAAACAAUUUGUCUUGAAACUGAGACCAUGACAGGAAAGAACGGGCCUGCCGAGGUCGUCCUUGACAACAGGUCGUGCUAUCCACCCCCAACACCAACUCAUCACCUCGUGACUUGAAGAAUAUAUUCAGUUCAAGUGUAACCUGCCACAUCUAACCCCCAACAAUGACUGUAACAAAUAAUGCUCUUGGCAGCCAUGAAAAUUUAGUCUUAAAUUAUUUGAGCUUGUCUACAUUGCCUUGAGGCGGCAUAAUCGCAUUACGGCACAACCAAGAUUUCAUUUGCAGAAAAUAUGACAAUGUAUGCCAUUGAGAUCCGUAGUUGUUUUCACUUCGGAUCCCCCACUUUGAUAAGUCUGUGACUGGCAUGCAAAAGUUGAAGUGAUUAACAGGUGAUGCUGUUAAUUUAUUCGGUUUCAGGCUAAUCAUUCCAAUAUUUUGUUACAACUGAGUUUUUUUUAUUAAUUUUUGGUAUGAUUCGUCAUGCAAGCACUCGCUUCCCCAAUAUCUGUAUAAAUAGGAAAGUGAUCUAUGCAAGAAAAAUGAAUAGCAGUUUUCAUUGUAGUAUAUGUACCAUUAAAAUGUACGCAUUUUAAAGCUGUAUAAUUAUUAUUGCUACGCAUGAUUUUGUAUAUGAAUAAGAUCAGACGUGGUUGUCUAAACAAUAA